AAAUACGUCCAGCUGGUUAAAUUUCAUCGCGAGGUUGGGCAAUUUGAGAUUGAGUUAGGGUUAAGAUGCUCCAACUGCCAUUGCUUUGGUCACUGCCGCUCUUCGUCACCAGUCCGACGCUCGCUGAACUCCAUCCGACUGACGCGUAGCCCUUCUUUCCGAAGAUUACCGACAGGUAUUUUUGGUCCGGUUGACUCGAUUCCAAAUCGACGACCAAUUGGUGAACCGGGGCUGGCUGUGGGCGUUCCCAAACACAACGGCAACUGUUUCCUGCUGCCAGAUUCACAACUGAGGAUAGGCCUUUCUCGAGUGGUAUAGCGCUAGGUACCGCUCUAGAUGGCGGGAGCAUUGUUGUAGGCGUGGGCCAGGAAUCCCAGCAGGGCACCGCGCAUCCGUUGCGACUGGGCGUGCGGGAUGACUUCCAGCGACCUUGUCCGUGUUACUUUCUUUGUUUCCAAGUUUCCAGUUCCGCUUGUCCUCGGCGGUGCCUACCAUGCCUUCGCCGCCCAGCACCGUCGCCCCGCAGCUCCAGACAUGGAGGCCCCCUACGGACCCGGACAAACCAGCCUGCCCCUACCAAACGGGCUUCACGAUCGACAUCAAGAGCCACACCCCGCCCGCCCCUUUUGGCGGGCGAGACUACGGCCCCGGGACACGGGUUGUCGUGCCCGACCAGGCUCUGCGGUCGCUCAAGCAGACCGAGCUCGUCAUGGGCAACCCACCGCUGAGAACAGCAGACCCGGCCGCCCCGCGCACCCAUACCUUGUCCGUGACCCACGAGCUCGCCGUCGCCGACGGGCGAGGCGCCCAGCUGGUCCUCUGCACCAUCACGCCAAAAGUCCCCGCUGGGCAGGCCGCCUUCCAGGCAGUGGCCAAGAUAUACGAUCCGCUGUACUACUCCUUUCCCAACAAGGACGUGCCGAGCGUGCCCUGCGAUGUCACCUGGCUUGCCGAUGAGGACUACAGCCGCGAGGCCGCCGCGUACGAGCAUCUGCAAAGCAUCGGGAAGGCCGGAUCCUUUGCGCCCAGGUACUUUGGCUCCUGGACUUUUACCGCCCGCAUCCUGAUCGACAAAACGACGCCGCGGUCCCGUCCGGUGCGCCUCAUCCUUCUCGAGUACGUCCGGGGGCCGAGCAUCCGCGAGCUCUGUCCCGCACCCCCCGCUGCCGCCACGUUUGACGAGGCAUACCGCCUGGAGGUGCUCGCAAGAGUCUUGGAUGGCGAUGCAAAGCUGCGGUUCAAGGGCAUCAACCAGCGCGAUCUGGCUGCACGCAACGUCCUUCUCAAUUACCCUCCCGGUCUCCCGCCAGCAGAGCGGCACACCAUGAUCCCACGGCUCGUGCUGAUUGAUUACAACAUUUCAAUCGUCUACGCGAGGACAAAACGCAAGAUCGGACCCUAUCAUGGCACGACGCUCCCGCCAAACCCCAUGCAGAUUCACUGGACCAACCCGCUGCAGGAGUUCCGCGGUUGGAUCCCGGCCGAGUGGGAAGCCGCCCCCAGGUUGCGCCAGGAAUGGCUGAGCAAGCGCUUCGGAGGCAAGAAUAUGGCCAGUUAUGCCCCCAUCACGGCAAAGCUCGAGUUCGCAAAAUAGGUGGCGACCUAGCAGUGGUAGUUGGUAUUAUACCUUGUGGGCCAGAGCGCCCUUAUAACCUACGAUCCUAACCAUGUUUCCCUAACGGGAGCCGGUUCUCC